AUGCAUCGAGGGGGAGCGAGCGAGCCAUAUGCCCUACCUUCCCCCCUCGUAUGCCCUGCUUCCCCCCCCUCAUAUGCCCUGCUUCCCCCCCUCAUAUGCCCUGCUUCCCCCCCUCGUAUGCCUUGCUUCCCCACCCCGUAUGCCCUGCUUCCCCCCCUCAUAUGCCCGUCUUCCCCCCCUCAUAUGCCCUGCUUCCCCCCCUCGUAUGCCCUGCUUCCCCCCCUCGUAUGCCCUGCUUCCCCCCCUCGUAUGCCCUGCUUCCUCCCCUCGUAUGCCCUGCUUCCCCCCCUCGCAUGCCCUGCUUCCCCCCCUCGUAUGCCCUGCUUCCCCCCCUCAUAUGCCCGUCUUCCCCCCCUCAUAUGCCCUGCUUCCCCCCCUCAUAUGCCCAUCUUCCCCCCCUCAUAUGCCCCGCUCCCCCCCCCCUCAUAUGCCCUGCUACCCCCCAUCCCCUUCUCUGCUACCCCCCCAUCCCCUUUCCCGCUACCCCCCCUCCCCUUUCUUGCUACCCCCCCAUCCCCUUCCCUGCUACCCCCCAUCCCCUUCCCUACUUCCUCUCUGGCAGGUCCUCCCUCUACUCCUCCUCCCGCGCCUCCUUUUAACAUGGACCUGAUGCCAAUCAUCGACCGUGACCCCGUGGGAGGCACACCCGGUGCAGGUGGGGAGGUGCGGCCGCCCAAGAAGCUGCGGGAUGUGGGAGCGGGGGUGGGGGCCGUGGGGAGCGACGAGGAGGAUGAGAAGGAGCAGCUGCGCCUGGCCCCGGCGGCUUCCAUGGAGGGGCACACAGAGGAUCAGGGGGGCGACACUGAGGGGGGAGAGCAAGGGGCGUGGGCAGGAGGGGCAGCGGAGGAGGAGGUUGAGUUACCAGAGGAGCCAUCAGUGCGCAUUCCUGCCAGCCGUUGCAUUGCCAUUCGCUGCCCGGAUGGCACUCGGCUGCAGUGUCGGUUCCGGGCCCAGGCACUCUCUGCAGGUUCUGUCCCCAUCCUUCAAAACAACCUGCUUGCCACCCGUCCUACGUCUGAGCACUGUCCUUCCUGCCAUGCUCAUUCCCUUGCUCUCCCACUCACUCCCUUGUUUUCCCACGCCCCACUCCCAACCCCCCCAGCUGCUCGGAAGCCGAUCUAA